CAACACUUCUUAUUAUCACACGGCCAGCAGAUUAUGGGCGACGAGUACGAUGACUGGGGCAAUCCAAAACGGCCGCGCCGUGAGAUGCCGCGGGAGAAAGGGCUUCUUGGCGCCUUGAAGUUCUAUGGCAAUCGGGCAUUCAGGCAAUAUCGGACGCUGCUCUCGGCAGCAUUGUUUCUGGUCUGCCUGCUAUACUACUUCUUGGGAACGACUGGUGAACCUGCCCCAAAGCCCAUUGAUUGGAGCAGAUAUGCAUAUGUGCAAUACGUGACAGACAAUCACAGCCUCUGCAAUGCCUACAUGGUCUUUGAUGCUCUGAAGCGGCAUGGCAGCAAAGCAGAUCGAAUUCUGAUGUAUCCGAAGCAAUGGGACAAAGUCGACGACUCGCCUCAAGACCGCAACAGUCAACUCCUCAUUCGGGCGGAGAAGAUAUUCAAAGCCAAAUUGAAGCCUAUCUCAGUACUGGAUGUCGACGGUGAAUCUUCUCCCGGAACAUUGAACGCUCCGAGUACGUGGGACUCAUCGAUCACGAAGUUGCGGGCCUUCGAUCUUGUUGAGUACGAUCGCGUGCUGCAUAUUGACAGUGACAGCACACUUUUGCAGAACUUGGACGAGCUAUUCCUCCUCCCAAGCACUCCAGUUGCCAUGCCUAGGGCUUAUUGGUCUGAGGGCAGACCCAAUCACUGGCAGUUGACCAGCUUGCUAAUGCUGAUCGAGCCGAACCCUUUCGAGCUCAAAAACUUUAUUGACAUUCUCAUGUCAUGGAAAUUGAAGCCGGGCUUUCAGACUGGUAGGAAUUAUGACAUGGAUCUUCUCAAUCACCGUUUUGGAGGCAGUGCAAUGGUUCUUCCGCACCGCCCAUACGCCAUGCUUUCUGCCGAGUUCAGGAACCACGAUCAUUCAGCUUAUCUGGGCACUAUCAACGCUCCACGAGACUCAUAUCCCUCCAAAUAUGGAUGGGAUGCGGAUCGGGCAUAUCAAGAGGCGAAGCUCAUACAUUUCAGCGACUGGCCACUGCCGAAACCAUGGGUCAUGUGGCCGCAUGAGGGCGUCAGCGAAAUGCAGCCUGACUGCGGCGGCAAAAACCAGGGCACUUGCCGAGAACGCGAAAUCUGGAAGGAGUUGUAUAACGACUUCAGGAAGAGACGAAAGGAUCUCUGCAGAAUCUUGAGCGUACCGGCACCGAAGUGGUCAGACCUGAAGAAUGCGACGCAACCGAAACCCUGGGCUGAGAUCAUGGAACCCUGAAAGAGCAACGCUACCACAAUUCUCUCGAAGCCCGACGUAUACUAUCUGCCGGAGCUCGGUACUCUUUCCUCCCGCGGUAAUGAUACCAGGAUAUUGCAAUGAUCACUGUGCCUGCAAAGACCACGACGGCCCAGUUGGAGUAUGCUGCUGUCGGGUGUGGAGUGCUUGGAAAGAAGAUAAAGACAAUCUGUACAGCCAAAUACCCGACAGACAUCACAUUCACAGCCAAGCUUGCUUUGCCGAGACUGAAUCGCGUUGGUGGUAGCUCUCCACCAGUUACCCUCCUGUGGAUUAUGCAUCCAAUCACGAUCAUGUAGCUGGUAAAAAGUGCAGACUGACAGAGUGUUCCAAGCGUCCGGAAUGCGGCUGGCGAGCCGAGAACGAUGAAGAUGGACAAGAUCUUGCGCACAAAAUCAGUUCUGCAAAAUGUCCAUAGCCUAAGGAGCAGCUUACUGAGAAUCCUAGUGUGACAGUUACGGCAUUGAGAGGAAUGUCCCAGCCCGGCCGCACGUGCGAAAGGAACGC